ACUCACUCUCUUCCUGGGUGGGGCUGGCGGAGGAGGACCCGUCGCUCCGGAUCAGCUCCGUGUUGCGCUGAGAGUUGCCCGCAAGACUCCGAAGUGGGGCGAUUCGCGCCCCCCGGCCCGGACCCGGCUUUUCCCGCCCCUUGGGGGAGCCUUGAAACGCACCCGAGCCGCGGAGCGGGGGGGAUUUGUCCGUUUCUAACCCCCCCACCCCCCGGAGCCAGCCCCGGGCCAUGGCUGAGGAGCAGACGCAGGUGGAGCUGUUUGUCAAGGCCGGCAGCGAUGGGGCCAAGAUCGGGAACUGCCCCUUCUCCCAGCGGCUCUUCAUGGUGCUUUGGCUCAAAGGCGUCACCUUCAACGUCACCACGGUGGACACAAAAAGGAGGACUGACACCGUUCAGAAGCUUUGCCCGGGCGGGCAGCUCCCCUUCCUGAUGUACGGGACCGAGGUCCGUACCGACACCAACAAGAUCGAGGAGUUCCUGGAGGAGGUGCUGUGCCCCCCCAAGUACCCCAGGUUGGCCGCCCGUAACCCCGAGUCCAACACGGCCGGGCUCGACAUCUUCGCCAAGUUCUCCGCCUACAUCAAGAACUCGAACCCGGCGCAGGACCCCGCCCUGGAGAAGGGGCUGCUGAAGGCGCUUAAGGUGCUGGACAAUUACCUGAUGGCGCCGCUGCCGGACGAGGUGGACGAGACGAGCGCCGAGGACGAGACCCGCUCGAGCCGCAAGUUCCUGGACGGGGACGAGCUGACGCUGGCCGACUGCAACCUGCUGCCCAAGCUGCACGUCGUCCAGGUGGUGUGUAAGAAGUAUCGGGGAUUCACCAUCCCGGAGGCGCUGCAGGGCAUCCACCGGUACCUGCGACAUGCCUACGCCCGCGAGGAGUUCGCCAGCACCUGCCCCGACGCCGAGGAGAUCGAACUGGCCUACGAGACGGUGGCCAAAACCCUGAAAUAGCCCCGGGGACCUGGCGGGGCCCCACCCCAGCAUGGGGGCUGCCAAGCCCGGAGGACGGGGAGGGGCUGAUUUCGGGGGGAGGGGGGGUCUGUAUUCGGUUCGGGUGGGGGCAGGGGGAGGGAUUCACGCUGAAAUAUGAAACCCAUUAAAUAAACUUUUAAAA